AUGUCCGGCCACCCUGUGUAUACCUGGAGACAACUACCAAGUCUAAGUUUGCAGAGCGGCUCCCGCACUGCGACCCCUGGGGCGUUCCUCUGCCACUCUCAACCCAGCCCCUCCCAGCCGGCUGGGGGCGGCAGUCUCCAUGAUAUUUCUCUGUCCCGCCGGCAGGCGGCGCCCUCCAGCCCCUGUUUCGUCCGGCCGGACAGGGCGCGCGCGCUCAAAGGUUGCCGGACUCCGACGCCCGCAUUUCCUGGUCGGGAGCCUGCUGAGCCACAGCGGGGUCGCCGCGGGGUCCCAAGGCAGUGCUUCCCGGCCCCUCCCGGGAGCGCGAGGGCGGAGCGGGGCGGGACCAGGCGGGCGUGCUGGGCCCCAGCCCCUCCCUCGGGCCGUCACCUGGGCACCCGCGCUGCAGGUGCCGGGGCUUCGACCUUGCGGAGCCGGCAGCCAUCGAUCCUCAGGUGGCCUCGAGGCGGUGGCAGGGCCGCCCCCUGCAGUCCGGAGGCGAGCUCACUAACCCGGCCUCCGGAGGAAGGUUCAGCUGGGAGAAACCGCUCUCGCUUCGUGCUACACUUGGGCAAAAUGAUUCUGAGCUUACUCACAUGGCAUUUUGGCAUAGCAAAAUGAAAUGCAAGGAACCAAAAAUAACAUAAUUGAAGGCAGUAAACCCGAAAUUAAAUACAAAGAUCAUCAGUCCAGGAAGACCUACCGCAGAGUAAGUAUGCAAAUUGCCAAGAAUUAAUUGGUUUACAAAGAGGAAAAACAGACUGGGUCAGUGAAAAGAAAUCAUGGUUUCCCUGAGGCCCUGCUAAUACCUCCAUUUUCUGGGCCAGAUCAUAAAGCAAGAUACUUUGAAAAGGACUUUCACAUUCACUUUUCAGGUUGCAUAUGAGUUGAUUCACAAGUAGUUUAAAGAAUCAUGCAGGAAAAGGACCAGAUCUUAGAAAUCUCUGAGUCCCUAUAUUUACUGUGAACACUUUUCAAAGGGAAAUUCGGGUAGCUUAUCAACAGAUUUCUGUGUUGUCCAGGGAGUUGUUUUAAAAAACAAAAUGUUGGAAUUUUUAACACUUAUGGUGGUUUAUGGGGCAAUGAGGGUAGAGUAUAUAAAACUGGUUUCAUCUAAGAAAGCUCUGAUUCAUUUCCAUGACCGUGGUAUUCUGGAACCAUUGUAAAUUGGCCAAAGUCUUGUUUUCCAGUUUCUUCCUGUCACUUUUUAUUGCCUCAAGUUGCCUAUCUUCCCUGGUCUUAUUUUUCUUCUAGUUUUAUGAUUCUCUUACAUAAUCCAUGUUGGACAAUGUUUUCUUUCUUCAUCUUCUGAAGAGGUUCUUGGUUCAUGCCUUGGUGGCUGUAGCUGAUUCUCUUCCUCCUCUGUGGACCUUCCUUAUCCCUUAGGAGACGCAAGCGUCCUCCUCCCUGCUUUUCUCAUCUUCCAGGUGCCCCAUCUGUGAGAGUCAAUGAUGAAAUGGAAACUUGGAAAUCAUCCCUUGGAUGUUGCCUACUUAGCUUUUCUUGCGACGGUGUCUCGAUCUGGCACGCAGGCUGGAAUUCAGUGGCAGGAUCUUGGCUCACCACAGCCUCAACCUCCUGGGCUUAGGUGAUCCUCCCACCUCUGCCUUCCAAGUAGCUGGAACUACAGGCUCCCACUA